AUGUAUAUUAUGUUUAUUAUUCUAUUUUUCACAAUUCUGGAUAUACGAGUAUCUGGAGAUGAGAAUGUGUCAACAUUGUUAUUGACAAAUACGAAUGUCCACAAUCCUGGUAUCCAUAUGAGAUUAAUGUCCUCUGGUCUUGCAUAUCUACGUGAAAUAGGCAUGAAAAUUGUGAAUGAUGAAAUAUUGCGAAUUCAGUUACCAACCAUUACAGAAGUUAUUGAAGCUGGUCAGGUUUCAAUAUAUGAUGCAUAUGUUUCGAAAUACUGGUCACCAUCGGAGUAUAGCCUGGAAUUGUCACCGCCAGACAUGUUUACAUGGUCAAUGGCUAAAAUGCAUAUUAGAGCAGGAGGAGAAUUCGAAGCAAUAUUCACUGGGCCAUUUCUUAUUCCAGCUGUACCAAUUCGUGGACAUUUCGAAACUUUAUUUGGUCAUGUAAGCUUAACAAUGGCUGUUAGAUUAGCUAGAACGCGAGCUGGUGCUCCAAUGGUACAAUCUACUUAUUGCCGUGCUGAUGUUGGCUACGUUGAUUUAAAUGUUCGGAACACCGGUGUUAUCACAGAUUUCUUCAUCAAUACUUUCAAAGCUUUCAUAAUUGCUCACUUCAAACCGAUUGUGGAGGAUCGUAUAUGUCAAAUGAUAAAAAAUAUGAUUAAUAAAGAUAUGAAUUACAUAUUAGCAACAAUGCCUCUUCAGAUACCUCUCAAUGAAAAUUCGAUGGAUAUAUUUGGAAUAUCUUUUAAUUUACCAGCAAGAAAACCGCUUAGCAUGUUUGACAAAAGUGGUGCUAAAAAUAUUACUUUAUUAAAUAUUGUUAAUCAUUUACGACAGCAAAAUCUUAUCCUGGAUUAUCGACUCAUUCACGACCCACUUAUCGCAUAUGGAACUAUUGAGAUGCUAUCACGAGGCGAAAUUUCUUGGAAUGGUUAUGGAGGAACUCCUUUCCAUCCUCCGAAUAUCUACAUUCCACCACCGAAUGGUGUUCACAUGGCAGAAUUUAUCGCAACAGAUUAUAUGAUCAAUUCAUUAUUGUUUCAUGCAUAUAAACAAAAUUAUAUGGAUUUUAUUAUUGGUCCUGAAUCAAGCCCACAACUUAAAACUCUUUUGCUGACCAGUUGUGAAAGUGAUUAUUGCAUUGGUGAAUAUCUUGGUGAAUUGUCCAAUCAAUUUCCGGAUCGUGAAGUUGAGAUUCAUUUUUCAACUCGAAAGUCACCAUUGCUCGUUUUUGUGGAAAAACGCGCACGAUUUCGACUGUACGGCAGUAUUAAUAUGUUUGUUAGACCGCGGAAUUCGACGCAAUUCAAAAUAAUGAUCAUACGAGCUAAUACAAAGAUGACAUCGAACAUUAAUUUGUGGUUAAAUCAAACAACGAUCAUUGGAAAUGUUUCAAUUGAAAAUUUAGAUUUCAAAUUGCUUGAAUCUCGUAUUCGAGAUGUUAAUCAAGCAACAUUUGGUAAUCUCGGCUUUUUCGGUGCCGAAUUCUUAGAGCAAUUGCUUACUGAUGUCCUAAAAGUGGGUAUCAUAAUACCAACCAUGAAAGGAGUCGUCUUAAAAAAUCCAAAGUUAUCAUUCCAUGAUCGCUAUCUGAAAGUACAAACAUAUUUUCGAUUGGAUGAGGAAUUCGCUAGUAAGCUUGUUCAAGGUGCUGUAAGGCAAACAUUCAAAAGUAUUAGCAAUAAUGGCGAAUGUUAUGAGAUUGAACAGAACAUGGCUAGCAUAUCGCCUAACAACUCGCUUGUAAGACUUGUGGAUGAUGGCCCAAACUAA